GUUGAAGUCGUAUGGAUUAAUUUUAUUCUAAUAAAUAGACACUCGUAUUUUUAUGGAAAUGGCACCUAUAAUAUUAAAAAAGCCAGCAGUGUCCGUUCCCGUUCUACCAGAUCCAAUUGUUGAACCAAUUCAACCUUCAUCUGUCAUUGUCAUUCAUCCUGGGUCAAUGUAUCUGAGAAUAGGACGUGCAUCAGACCAGUUUCCACGAGUGGUUCGCCAUGUGAUAGCUAGACGAAACCGAAUCGGACCUGUCCCUGUUCAUAAAGAUGAAUAUUUAAUGCCACUAACUAAUAUGACCCCAGAAUUGGUUUCCCAGCUUGAUGAAAUUCACAAUGCGAUCAGCUCCGUACUUGCAUCAUGCUUAACAAGAGAAGGGAGAUUAAGAUAUUCAGUGCCACUCCAAGUUAUUGCUGAAUACAAUAAAGACACAAGGCCAGAUGUUGUUUGUGGAAAAUCUGAUGUAAAUUGGACUUCCCUGGAAGAAGGUCAAGAAUAUGUGAUUGGGGAUGAAGUUUUGUAUCUGAAACCCGAAGAAAAUUUUAAUAUACAUUGGCCAAUUAGACGAGGUCAACUAAAUGUACAUUCAGGUAUAGGUGGAUCAUUAAGAUCAGUGUUAAGUGAUUUAGAAACCAUAUGGGGUACUGUUAUACAUAAAUAUUUGGAAAUUCCAGUGAAAGAUCUAAAAUCUUAUAGAGCAGUGCUUAUUAUUCCAGAUGUUUAUAAACGUGAUCAUGUGAAAGAAAUGGUUAAUGUAUUACUAACCAAAUUAGGCUUCUUGAGCUGUUUUAUUCAUUUGGAAUCAGUUUGUGCAACAUUUGGUGCUGGUGUCAGUUAUGCUUGUGUUGUUGAUGUUGGAGAUCAGAAAACAGCAGUAUCAUGUGUUGAAGAUGGAAUUUCACACAGAAACACCAGGUUGUCUCUUAAUUAUGGUGGAAAUGAUAUAACUCGCUAUUUUAGCUGGCUUCUUGAGAAAUCAAACUUUCCUUACCGGUGCCAUCCUGAGAAAAUCAUACUUGAUUCCACGCUGAUGCAAGAACUAAAGGAGAAGUUUUGCCAUGUUAACUUGGAUGUCUGUGGUGCUCAGAACAGAAGCUUUAACCUAAUAAGACCUUGUGAGCCUGUUAUUAAGUAUUCCAUGAAAGUUGGUGAUGAAUGCUUGAUUGCUCCGUUAGCUUUGUUUCAUCCCGAAUUGCUGAGUCUAACAGGUCCUAAAAAAAUAAGAGUACAGCCAAGGUAUGAAGGAUCGCAUGAAGAUCCACAUGAUGAAGUUUAUCUCAUACAGACUCAGAGGCGAGCUGUUAAGGAUACUACAGAAGGGUUAUGUGAGCAGUCAUUUUGUGAAGAGACUCCUUUAAAUUCGAGUGUAUUGGAUGAAGAUCUAGAUUCAACUGAUCAACCUCCAAACAUCAGUUUGAAAGACAGUGACCAAGAUUUGAACUAUGAUCAAAUUUUUGGUAUAGAUCAAGCUAUUAUGCAGAGCAUAGACCGCUGUGAUAGUGAUGAAUUAAAAGCAAAAAUGUACAGUUGCAUCUUGGUUGUUGGAGGUGGUAUGAUGAUUCAUGGAAUUCAUACAUGGCUUCGCAAUAGAUUACAAGUUCAAAUUCCGAUUAUAUUUCGCAGUGAACAUUUUGAAAUAAUUACGCGACCAAAAGACAUGGAUCCCAGAUAUACUGUUUGGAAAGGGGCUGCUUUGAUGAGCUGCCUUGACACAGCCCAAGAAUUGUGGAUCAAACAAAAAGAAUGGUUAAAGUACAAUGUUAAAAUUCUGAGAGAAAAAGCCCCUUUUACUUGGUGA